CCUAUGGCCGCCCCUCGCUGCCCCCUCCCUCCGCUGCCCAGGGGGCGGAGCCAAGACCCAGGACCCCCCCUGACCCCACGGAGGCUGCAGCGUGACCCGGCGGCGGCGCUGCGGGGCGGGCUGGGCCGGCUGCAGCUGCGCGCCGAGGAGGCCGCUCGGGUCUCGGCUCUCUACCGCCGCCUGGCGGCGCACCUGCAGGCCGAGGCUCGGGCUCAGAGGGGGCGGCUCCAGGCGCUGGAGGCGGAGCUGAGGGAGCGGCGGCGGCGGCUGCGGGACCUGCGGGAGGGGCAGGUGGGGGCUAUGGGGCACAAUGGGGGGCUAUGGGGCGCAGUGGGGGGGCUCAGGCUCCGGGAACUGGAGGAGGAAGCAGAGCAGGACCCACAGAUGCCGCAGCUCCUCCCUCCCUGCGAGUCCCCAGAGCUGGACCCAGAGCCGGAGGGGGCCCCCCCUGAGUGCACUUCGGAGGCCCCGCCCCCGACGCUGGCCCCGCCCCCGGCCUCGCCAAGGCCCCGCCCCCGAGACCUCCCCGGCAGCAUCAGGACCGAGCGCAGUCUCCGCCCAUCCCUGCUCCCGCCGCUGGGGGCGCUGUCGGCCGCGCAGGAUCGGGCCCUUCGGGAGCUGCGCUCGGAGGUGGCGGCGCUGGAGCAGCGGCUGCAGGAGCUGAGGCACCGCGGGGGGGACCGGAGAGGGUCCCGCCGUGGGGCGGAGCCGCUGCAGCGGCGCCUGCGGGAGGCGGAGCGGGGCCGGGAUCGAGCCCGCAGGGACCUGGAGGAGCUGAACAGGACCUUGGAGAGCGGCGCCGUGGGGCUGGGGCUGCUGCUGGAGCGCCUGGGGCUGGACGAAGGGCGCCCCCUGGCGGUGCCGCAGCUCCUCGCGCUGGUGCGGGCAGGGAUCGAGGCUCUGCGAGAGGGGGGGCGGGGCCAGCGCCGAGCCCCGCCCCCCCCCAGCGCCCCCCCCCAGCUGCAGUGUGAAGACCCCGACACUGAGGACCCCACAGAGCUGCCCCAUAGCUCGGACGAGGAUGGCGCCGCCCCGCCUGCGGCCCCCCCGUCCCGCGCCGCCAUCAAGACCCAAUCCCGGCUCCUGCUGGAGGGGCACAGGGGGGGGCCCCACUGA